AUGGAAAAUAGGAACAAUGUGACUGAGUUUAUCCUCUUGGGGCUCACACAAAGCCCUGAGGGUCAAAAGGUUCUGUUUGUUACUUUCUUGCUCAUCUACAUCGUGACUAUAGUAGGGAAUCUGCUUAUCAUGGUGACCAUCAUGGCCAGCCAGUCACUGGGCUCCCCUAUGUACUUUUUUCUGGCUUAUUUGUCAUUUAUAGAUACUGUCUAUUCUACCUCCAUUGCUCCCAAAAUGAUUGUAGAUUUACUCCACGAGAAGAAGACCAUUUCCUUCCACGCAUGCAUGACACAAGUCUUUUUAGAUCAUUUAUUUGCUGGUGCGGAAGUCAUUCUUCUUGUGGUGAUGGCCUAUGACCGAUAUGUAGCCAUCUGUAAGCCUCUCCAUUACUUGGUCAUCAUGAAUCGGCGGGUAUGCUUUCUCAUGCUGCUGGUGGCCUGGACUGGAGGCUUUUUACAUUCAGUGAUUCAGUUUUUCUUUAUUUAUCAGCUUCCUUUCUGUGGUCCCAAUGUCAUUGACAACUUUGUGUGUGAUAUGUAUCCCUUACUGAAGCUUGCUUGCACAAAUACCUACAUCCUUGGGAUUUCAAUGAUUGCUAAUGGAGGGCUAAUCUGCACAGUCAUCUUCCUUAUUCUCUUAGUUUCCUAUGGUAUCAUAUUACAUUCCCUCAAGGGUCAUAGUGUAGAAGGGAAACGCAAAGCCUUCUAUACAUGUGCAUCUCAUAUAACUGUGAUCAUUUUAUUCUUUGUUCCCUGUAUCUUCCUUUAUGCAAGGCCCAAUUCCACCUUUCCCAUUGACAAAUCCAUGACGGUGGUUUUAACUUUCAUAACUCCCAUGUUGAACCCCUUAAUCUACACCCUGAGAAAUUCAGAAAUGAAAAAUGCCAUGAGGAAACUUUGGAGUAAAAAUGUGUCUUGA